AUGAAAAACCCUAGCUUCUUGGGCGUGGGGGGUUUUCCCAUAUGUCCGAGCUCCUUCUCUGGUCUCAGACUGUCGAUCAUGGCGGAAGAACUUACGGCGAACCCCCAAUCCAACGAAGGAGAUGCGCCGGCGGAAGCCGGAUCCACUGUAGACAUGGAGCUGGAGACAUCAUCUCCACAAAAUCCUGGGGAUUCCGAGCCCCUGGGAGCCGACAACGAGCCCAACGGGAUGGAGAAGCUGGCGGAGGAGGGCGGAGGAGGUGGGGAGAAGAGGGAGAGAGAGGAGGGAGGCGAUGUGGCGGAAGCGGAGGAGGAGGACGAGGAUGGAGCUUCGAAGAAACGGAAGGUGGAGAGAUCCUUGGAAGAAGAAAGGCUCGAGAAGGUGGAAGAGAAGGAGGGGAGGGAGGAAACGAAGGCGGAGGAGGAGGAGGAGGAGAAAGGAGAAGGAGGUGGGGAGGAGAAGGAUUCGAUGACAGCGAGCCUGGGACCGAAGGUGUUUGCCUCGUCGAUGGAGAUGUUCGACUACUUCUUCAAGCUCCUCCAUCACUGGUCUCCCAAUCUUGAUAUCAACAAGUAUGAGCACAUGGUGCUGUUGGACUUGCUGCAGAAGGGCCAUUCAGAGCCUGACAAGAAGAUUGGAGAAGGGAUCCAAGCAUUCCAGGUCCGGUACCAUCCGACAUGGAAGAGUCGGUGCUUCUUCAUUGUACGGGUUGAUGGAACUGAUGAUGAUUUCAGCUUCCGUAAAUGUAUCUCGGAUUCUCCCAUUGCCUGAGCAGAUGAAAGUCCAGUCAGCCUCAAAUGGCAAGAAGGUCGGCCAUCAGAAGGGGGGCGGUGGCCGUGGUGGUCGUGGUCGUGGAGGCAAGAGUGGGCGAGGCCGUGGCAGGAGAGGUGGGAAGUAAGUUAAUAUCCUGUUUUAGCCGCAAGUGAUCUAAUGAGGUACUUGUUCUUUAUCUUGUUUAUGAGUGCAAGCUCUUGAGUUUUGCUGUUUCAUGUUAAAAAACUGUCAUCGCAACUCGAGUGCUAUGGACUUAUUUUUAUUUCGUUUUGUUUGUUGAAUGUUAUGUUUUGCUUACUUCCGAUCAGAGUACCUUGCUAAAUA